CACGUGCUUAUGCCAAUUUGAUACAAGCUCUGCUACACUGUGUCGAAACAGUUUGCUUGGCGGGAGUGAUAGACUACCAGCUUCGGUGCCUCAGUGAACGUCCCAUCACUAGUUUCAGGUUUCACGCUGCUGGCAAUAUUGGAACUUUCGUUACUGUCGCUAGUUUCACGCUGCUGGAGAAAGGGAGCAGAGAGCUUGAGGAGUCAUUUUUCACCUGGAUCCGUGUCGAAUGGAGCAGUCAAUGGAUUAUGGGAAAGAAAGAGUUGUUGCUCUGGUGGAUAUGGACUGCUUUUAUGUACAGGUAGAGCAACGGAUCAACCCUGAAUUAAAGAAUAAGCCAUGUGUUGUGGCUCAGUACAAGACAUGGAAGGGAGGCGGCAUCAUUGCGGUGAGUUAUGAAGCAAGAGCACAUGGGGUCACCAGAAACAUGUGGGCAGAUGAUGCCAAGAAAUUAUGUCCAGACCUCCAGGUGGCAAGAGUCAGGGAGUCUCAUGGCAAGGCAGAUCUUACACACUACAGGGACGCAAGUGUGGAGGUCAUUGAAGUGAUGUCACGUUUUGCUGUGAUUGAGAGGGCUAGUAUUGACGAAGCCUACAUGGACCUUUCUGCAAGUGUAAAGCAAAGACUUAGGAGCAUAGAAGAUGUACAGAUUGAGCCACACCUCCUGACGUCCACCUUUGUUCAGGGGUACCCACAGGCUACCACCAGCCAGGAUAAGACUGAAGAUGCUAUGUUGGAUAAUGAUGCAGUCAGAUUAAAGGGCCUGGGCCAGUGGCUGGCCUCUUUGCCCCCAACAACGCAAAUGGAUAGUGCAGACCUGCAGCUGGCUGUGGGGGCCAUCAUUGUAGAAGAGAUGCGGGCUGCUGUUGAGCAGUGCACUGGCUUUCAGUGCUCAGCGGGAAUAUCCCACAACAAGGUCCUGGCUAAGCUUGCUUGUGGCCUGAACAAACCCAACCGCCAAACAGUACUUCCCCUCAGCUCAGUUACCCAACUCUUCAGUAGUCUACCCAUUAGCAAAAUUCGUAAUCUUGGAGGUAAACUGGGGGCCUCCAUCACAGAGACUAUGGAAGUAGAGAACAUUGGAGAGCUGGCAAAGUUCACUCAGGGCCAACUGGCUCAGCACUUUGGCGUAAAGACUGGUCAGUGGCUGUAUGACUUGUGUAGAGGAAUAGAGUUUGAGCCAGUGAAGCCUAGACAGCUGCCAAAAUCCAUCGGCUGUAGCAAAAAUUUUCCAGGAAAGACCUCUCUGGCCACCAAAGACCAGGUCCAGCACUGGCUUGAGCAGCUAGCUUUGGAAUUGGAGGAAAGACUGAUCAAAGAUAGGGACAUGAAUGGACGUGUGGCUAAGCUUCUGACUGUGGGAGUGAGGCUUGCUGGAGAAACAAAGCCUAGCAGUUACUCUCGUUGCUGUGCUUUGGCACGAUAUGAAGCCAGCAAGAUCUCCACUGAUAGUUAUGCAAUUAUUAAGAGCCUGAAUUGUGCUGGAAACCACCAGCAAGCCUGGUCCCCUCCCCUCACCCUUCUACACCUCUCUGCCAGUAAAUUCAGCGAUGCUCCCACAGCUUCAUGUAGGGGAAUCACCAGGUUUCUGAGAAAUGAUGUUAUUUCCACCCAGAUACCUCUUUCAUCCCACAGUCCAUCUGCUAGCUUGGCAAUCAACAAUCAACAACUACCAACACCUAAGAGACCAGGAAUGAUCGAGUCCUUCUUUCAGAAUGUUGUCAAGAGAAGGCAAGAUCAUGUUGAACUUUCAGAGGGUGCUGAAAAUGAACUUGAAGACAGUGGAGAGGAGGAAAGGACGGAUGACAAAAAAAGUUUACCUGAAAACAGUGCCUCCACCUCAUCCAGCAUGCAAGUAACAUCCUCAUUCUUUCAAAAAAAAAGUGCAGAGAAAAAACACUUCCAGUCUUCCACCACCACAGCUGAUGGUUCAGGUGUUGCGUCUUACCAGAUGGUGGAGGAUUCCUGUCAGAGUAAUAAACAUGCUGUUUUUCACCCUGAUAAAAAUACAUAUACACCUACCAGUGAUGGCCUGUGUGGCAUGACCGAAGAUUCAUCUGUUCCGGAGUCUACUUUGAGCCUCUCCUCAGAUGACCAUAUGCCAUGUGAUCGGUGUGGACAGGAAGUGCUAGCCUGGGAGAUGCCAGAGCACACAGACUACCAUUUUGCACAAGAUUUACAGAAUUCUUUUUCCUCCCCAUUACCUUCUCUCUCUUCAUCCAAUCAGAUCCCAGCUAACCUGUCCAAAACAAAUGUUUAUCCAAGGUCUAAGACAUCACCUCUCGCCACUGGUAGUAGAAAACCUAGCAGUGGUUCCGGAAGACAAGCCAAAAAGCCAAAGCUAGCGGGCACCGUCACCCUCGAUUCCUUCUUCAAAAGGAGUUAACAUUGAAAAGUUUUGAUAUAGACCUUACAUUUAUUAAAUUUUCUAUUUAUGAGUAAAUUAAAGCCAGAAAUACAAGAUUCAACUCAAGAGAAGCCAACUAUCUCAAUGCACACAUUUCUCGUAUUUUAUUUUUAUUUACAUAAAAGAUCCUGUGACUGCAAACUGUGAGCAAAAUCACCAUACUUGUAUGCUAGUUCAGAUGAGAGGCUGUUAAUCUGUACUUUCAGAAAAUUGGUAAAUAUAAUAAUGGCUUUACUGGUUGGUGGUAUGUUUUCUGAGAAAUGAUACCCGCUUCCAUGGCACCGCAGCCUCCCAGUCUGAAGACAUUCCAGUUAACAAGCAACAAGUGGUGGUGUUUUUGUGUUGACAACGUUCUGUUGUAGAUUUAUUAAUAGUGAAAGCAUAAAAUUAGGAAAAUUAAAGUUUAUUUACUACAUUUCUCAUUAUUGUUGUACAGUAGCGUACACUUUUGAUGUAGCCAUUACAUUCAGAGUAUUCUGAAAAUCAAUACCAAUUGAAUGAAUGAAAUGCCAAUUCUUCCAUUGUGCUGCUUUAAGCAGUGGCAUUUGGUGUUAAAGUGGUACCCAGUUAAUCUAAAACUGACUGAAAGGGUCAUCUUCCCUGUGCAUAGUGCUAAACCAGAUGGUCCGGGCACGCAAUGGCAAUUCAGAUGCCAUUCCUACUGCCAACUGCUGUGCAACUGCGCUAAAUGUCACCUUAGUCAUAUGUUACAAUGCUGCUAUGCUCUGAACGUGUCAGAUUGCUAAUUUGUAGCUCUGUUCCAAUGUGACUUCAUUUAAACUUCUCAAGGAGUUUGGCAAAUUGAUAUACAAACGUAAUGCGGCCAAAAAACUGGAACUACGUCAUAGGUGUGCAAUUAUCAAGGAAAUAAUUGAUGUUCUAAACACUGCAUCGUUAAACUAGACGUUUUAAACACGCAGUUGCCCCUGGGUCCAUGAUGGGAAAUUUAAAAUGACAGUUCCCCUGUUACUCCUAUCCCUGCUCAUUUUUGUUGUGUGUAGGCCUACUGUGUUUGUCAUGGCCUAAUUUGCCAACAUCAAACAUGUUUUGUAUUCAAAUAUAAAUUCUUCAAAAUGGAAA